AGUGGAUCUUUCUCUGCUCAUAUAAAUCUAUGUGCUCAUCUGAGUAGAAGCGGCAGUGUAAUCGUUUCCACUUGCAAUAGCUUGUAAUAGCAUUUGAUGCAGGAAUGGCUUCGUGGGACAUGGUGAGUCGAAUGUUCAGAGACAUUGCACAGUUGAAAAACGAAACGGAGAUGCUUCUUGCUGAGGCACAAGCCUUGGAAACAUGGAUCGACAAUGCAUCUUCAGGAACAGUGGAGAUGGACGUGGAAGACAAAGAGCGACGUCUUGAGACUUUAAAUACUGAGGAGCGCGAUCGUGCUUUGAAAGAAGAGACUCUUUGCAACAAAGCGAUGCUGGAGAUGGAGGCUAUUACUCUCUUCGAUAAAGAGUCUGAGAAACGCCGAGGAAAUGAUACACAAUAGUAAUAUCCACCAGCAUGGGCAAAAUUUGGAUGUGGACUCAUUCUAGCGGCAGACUAAAGGAGAGGCGCUGCAGCUGCAAGUUUGUGAGGACACGUAGAAUGAAUUCGACAAUCUCUUUCCCAAAGGUUAAACUCAAGUAUGCUCAUCAUAUUCGAUUUCAACCUAAAUCUCCAGCCCGUCCUACCCAUCUAAUUCUCCUCAAUCAGCCAGACAUAUGAGCAAAGCAGUGUGUACUUUGAUAAGUUAUUGGGGAGAUAAAGUGGAAUGCAUUCGUGAUAUCCAAAUAAAUUCUAUUUUUAUGUUGC